CUUGCAGUACUGCACUCUAACCACUGCACCACUGCUCAGAAAGGAGUCAGCAAUAGAACUGAACAUUAUGUGUGUGUGUGUGUGUGGUAUGUGUGUGAAUGGUUUUCUUCAGCCUGACAAAAUCUCUGAGCAGUGCUAAACGGGGAGGGGGAUGGCAGGGAGGAGGAGAAAAGAGUCUUGUUGAGAACUGAAAAUCGCAUUGAGAGAAAAGCAACUGCUACAUGUAUGUAUGGUAGAUGAGAGGUUAAGGAAAGAGGAUUGGACAAUCGUUCCUUCAGUUUAUCAGUAAUGAGAGCCUUCACGAUGGUAACACCUGGCAAAGGGCUGCUGGAAGAGGCCAUAAUAGCAUCUGGAACCUUAUGGCCUAGAAGUGGAGAAGUGGAAAAGGAUGAAAUGCUUGCUAGCAAGGUGAAGAAAUGGCAAGGAAGAGGCCUCUGGAAGUCAUAAGUCACCUAGAAUCAAGAGAGCUGAAUCUCUAGCAGCUGCUACAGUCUUCAAGAUGCAAGGAAGAACACUAUCUCUCCUCUACUGGAAUAUAUUUAAUCUCCAUCCCUUGAAUGGCUUCUUCCAAAACCUGUUGAGCCUCUCUUUGAGAGCAAAUUGUGUUGCUAAUGGUGACUUCCAGUGCAGAUGGCUGAAGGACAAUCAGGUGAAGCACACAGAGAAAACUCCAUGUUAAUUCUGGUUCAGCAAGACGGAAUCAUAUGAGAAGGUGGUAACAAGCUCUUAUUCCAUAAAGCGAGGCUCUCUUUCUGGUUUGGAAGGAAUAGUAGAUUGAGAGCCUGAAGUUCAUAUCUUCAUGGGAGGAAGCAGACAACUGUUAAUAAGAAGAGCAGAUGUAUUAAACAGAUAAUGAGUUUGUGAAAACAAAGGCUUGUCUGAAAUACACACUUCUAUUAUUACUGUUUUUAAAAAGAACAAUGCCUUGCAAAUGUUUCACUAAUGAAUGAAGGAUGUAAGUUUUCAUAACUCAUUUGCCUGCUGGAUGAUAUUGGAUAUUCUGUCUUAUGAACAUCAGAAGAGAAGAUGUCUCAAGAAUUUAACUUUAACUUACUUAAGGAACUAGAGCAAGACAUUGUUCUAAAUGUCCUUUGCCGUGACGAGAUGUUGAGAAAACUGGAGGAACAAAGAGUAAGCCAACUGAAAAUCCAACUACAGCAACUUUGGCGUAAAGGAACAAAGAAUGCCAACUAUGGAUCUCAGAAACGGUCAUGUGCCCGUUGUCAGAAGUCAUUUGGAAUCCUGAUCGAUAGAGGAGCAGUGUGCAAAGGAUGCAGCCAUCUUAUAUGCUCUCAAUGUCGCAUUACUGUAAAUGCCUUUCUGUGGAAAUGCACUGUCUGCUAUGCUUCUGAGUCUGUUAAAGUGAAAACAGGUGAAUGGUUCUUUGAGGAGAGAGCAAAGAAAUUCCCAACUGAAGGUAGAUAUGAAACUGCUGGUGCAAAACUCUUGAAAUCUUAUCAGAAAUUAAGCAAGGUAUCGGUGAUUCCUCCAACUCCUCCACCUUUUGCUGAAUCCAUCAAUAGAACGAGUGCAUUGGAAUUAAAACCAGGUUUCCACAAGUCUAUGGAAAACCUUUUUCUGUCUCUUACCACACACAUCAAAAAAAUCUCAAAAUCACAGAAUGAUGUGGCCAAUGAGAAAUACCUCCUCCCAGCAAAUUAUGGGCCAGACAAAGAUCCAGUGAAGGAUAGGAGAAGCCUAUCUGAUACAGCUAUUGAUAUUUCAACUAGGAGAUCUUCAAGUAUCAAUGGAGAACAAGAGGACAGUCGAAUUGCUUGCAUAAAAGCAUCAAGUGAAGAAUGCAUAUCCUCCAUAGAUAUAGAUGCUGCCUUAAUCUGUGGAGAUAAAAAACGUGGUAGUUUAUACAGCAUUACCAGCGUUUGCAGUGGGGCUGUUGACUUUGCAAAAGCUGAUGUCGGUGGUGAAAUAGAAUUUGCCAUUAGAUACAAUUUCAAAUUUGGCAUUUUGGAAGUAUGCAUCAGUGCCUGCAAGAAUUUGGCCUACGGAAAGGAAGAAAAAAAGAAAUGCAAUCCAUACGUCAAGACUUACUUGCUGCCUGAUAAAUCUCCCCAGAAUAAACGGAAGACUUCUGUCAAAAAGAACACACUGAAUCCAACAUUCCAAGAAAUAUUAAAGUACAAUAUUGAAUAUUCCCAACUGCAAUCCCGACAGCUUCAGAUAUCCGUCUGGCACACUGGAAUUUUCAGACAUCCUGUAUUCCUCGGAGAAGUGGUGGUAGAUUUUGAAUUCUGGGAUUUUGAAAACUACUCUGCUCAGUCAUUCAACUGGUACCAAUUGAAAGCCAAAGGGACAUGACUGCAUUCGAUUUAUUUAUUUUUGCUGUAUUUAUAUGUGUUUCCCGUUUCUUCAGAUUUUAAGAAUCAAUGUGCCGUAAGCAAUUCAUUUUUCUCCCAAUGAUGUAGUUGUUAAGUGUUUUCAUUACUAGAAAAAUAGAUUGCAAUUAGAAUCCAUCUCAGAGAUCCUGUAAUCCCUUCUCUGUGCUAUCUAGGUAAAAUUGCUGAGCUUGACUCCUGGCAAUUUCAUAAACACAUCCAAGUAGGUUAUGUUUGCCAGCAGUAUAAAUGCCUUGUCGUAACCUUCCAGGAUUUUUUGACUUCUUGAUCUAGCAUCUGACCAUAGAAUUUCCUGGCUCUUCCACAAAUGUCCCA